AUGGCAAAUCAAAGCCAUGACCCAAAAUCGAGUCCCACUGGCCGAUUGGACGAAUACAUCAAAAGCUUCGAGGCAAGGUAUGGCACUGUGCCCAUUGAAUCCCAGCUGAAUGAUUCGCUGGGUUCCAUCAGCAGCAUUAGUUUGGCAUCAGAUCGCCGGAGUCGCGAUCCCCUUGGUGCGUUCCACGCUACCCUUGGUGCAGAUGGUGGCGUCAGUGCCGUCAGUGCCGUCCCAUCUCUUGGUGCCUCGACCCCGCGAUUUCCAGGGGAACCCAUCACGGGUGGGGCCUCGAGCGGAGCUGGGCAUUUCAAGUUCCAUUUUUCGCCGGGGCCACACAGCACCACGCGCCAUGCGUUUGGCACCAGUUGUGAUGCGACCAGCACGCAUGCCACUGGUUUGUUGAUUUCUGCCACCAGUGAGCAUGGAACAUAUGGAACCCAGGAUGAGUUUAUGAAGUCUCCGAUGCGGCCUGUGCUUUGCUCAGCAGAGAUUCGCUCGGCGGAGAUGCGUGUACCUGCUUGGAAACCUUGUGCCAAGCCGGAGCGGGCUCGUGCAUCGAGCAAUCCACCCGAGCUGAAGCUGCUGGGUCCUCGUUCUGAGAUGCGACACGCCGGCCACGGACUGCGGCUAAACAGACUUCAAUCAUUUGCACGGCCCCUGCCAGCACCCAGAGGAGCGCCUCCAAUCAAUUUCGCAGCUGGAACAGUUGCAUGUAAUUCGGAAAGCUUCCGAAGCUCGCUUCGAGAAGUGCUCCAUGCACCCAGGCUCCCCAUGUCCUUGGAGAUGCCCCGAAGCUGUGAAGAUGAAGUGAAUUGCCAGAGCCCCGUUCGCAUUCCUCAACCUUCCAAACUGCUUCGCUCCAGCGAUCGAUCGGUCAAUGUCAGUAGUGAGGCAUUGCAGACGAUGCAGACGGUGCAGACGGUGCAGACAGAGUCCUUCAAGACCUUUGAAGGUGCCUCGCGUGAAGCUGCUGUGCAAACAGAGGAAGCGCAGCCCCAAUGCCAAAGCCCAGAGACGCAUGACUUCAGUUCCCCUUUGCGCCUCGUGACCUUGGAGACCGAGAGGACUCGAAGAUCGUCACAAUUUUCGCCCCAUUUGGCGCAGUCCCCAGAGUUCGGAAGGCUGGGACCAUCCCAGCCCCAAGGGACCACCCAGCCGGGUGAGAAAUUCGUUGCAAGCGAUGGUGAGCUGAAGCGGCGCCUGCAGAAUGCACUGGCGCGAAGCCUUCACCAUGUAAUGAACUUGCAGGCCCUCACAGAAAUUGUCGAGCACAGUGAUGUGGAGGCUGCUGAUCCCUCAGAGAGGCCAAGGCCCACUGGCGAGGCUCAUGGGAUUGGAGCUGAAGAGGGCAGUUUCCAAGCCAAAGCUGCCGCCCGGCUGGCUGAAGCCUUGGGUCAUCGAAAGCUCGGAGAGGACCUGGCAGCCUCCUUUUUGGAGGUGUGGGGAAAUACUCCAGAGUCUGCCCAACGCAUGCGAGCGCUGCUGGCAGCGCUCCGUUCAAACAGCCAUUUUCGACAAGCUGUCCUUGACAAGGGAACGCAUGGAGUUGUCCCUUUGGUGCGGGAGGACCCAAGAUGCUGGGCGGAUGAUGAGCUGAAACGAAAGCGAGCUGAGUGGGAGCGUGCUGGACUGGCUGAGGCAACACCUAAGUUGAGAGCAGUGGAGAGGCCAUGUCCGGAGUGUGGAGGCCGUGCGGUCUGUGACUCUGGAGCAACGCAGCACUUCAAGCGUGCGAAGUCCUAUGCGUCGGGAGCUUGGAAGAUCGCAGCAGUGGUCGCCGUUGAUCUCUGGCUGCGGAUGAGGCACUUCCGGUGCUUGGAAGCUCAUUGUGGGAAGGAGACCCGUUGGAGUUCAGACAGUUUCAACAAACGGCUGAAGAACUUUGAACUUCGAACGCUGACCCGCCGCACCCCUCGGGUAGAGCGCAAUUUUGUGCUAAACAAAAUGGCAGGUCGCGACGGUGCCUUUGCUGGUGCCUGGCAGGAUGAUGAGGGCACAGUGGUGGUUGUCAAGGACUCGCGAAUGUACGGCCCAGAUGGUGGUCAGCUUGACCUCAAGAUCACCAGCAGGACAGAAUGCUCUUUUCAGAUGGGUAGCGAAACGUACCAUGGAACUCUCACGGAUGGCAAGUUGGUGUGGGAUGAUGGUGCUGUGUGGGUCCGAGUCGGUAUCUCAGAUCAAGGAGGCAGGGAGAGGACGAUAAACAGAGAACCCGACGCUGCGAGUGACAGAGCCAGGAAGGCCUUCGAAGAGGAAAAGGCUCGCAAGGCAGCUGCUUUGGAGCGUGCCCGAGCUGCAAGGGCUGCUGCUGCAGAACCAGCAGAACCUGAACCAGAUGCAAGAGCAGCAAAUGAGGAAGGAAUCGACAGAGCAAGAAAGGCCUUUGAAGAGGAAAAGGCUCGCAAGGCAGCUGCCUUGGAGCGUGCCCGAGCUGCAAGGGCUGCUGCUGCAGAACCAGCAGAACCUGAACCAGAUGCUAAGGCAGCAAGUGAAGCAGGAAUCGACAGAGCAAGGAAGGCCUUUGAAGAGGAAAAGGCUCGCAAGGCUGCUGCUUUGGAGCGGGCCCGAGCUGCAAGGGCCGCUGCUGCAGAACCAGCAGAACCUGAACCAGAUGCAAGAGCGGCAAAUGAGGAAGGAAUCGACAGAGCAAGAAAGGCCUUUGAAGAGGAAAAGGCUCGCAAGGCAGCUGCCUUGGAGCGUGCCCGAGCUGCAAGGGCUGCUGCUGCAGAACCAGCAGAACCUGAACCAGAUGCUAAGGCAGCAAGUGAAGCAGGAAUCGACAGAGCAAGGACGGCCUUUGAAGAGGAAAAGGCUCGCAAGGCCGCUGCUUUGGAACGUGCCCGAGCUGCAAGGGCCGCUGCUGCAGAACCAGCAGAACCUGAACCAGAUGCAAGAGCAGCAAAUGAGGAAGGAAUCGACAGAGCAAGGAAGGCCUUUGAAGAGGAAAAGGCUCGCAAGGCAGCUGCUUUGGAGCGUGCCCGAGCUGCAAGGAACGCUGCUGCAGAACCAGCAGAACCUGAACCAGAUGCAAGAGCAGCAAAUGAGGAAGGAAUCGACAGAGCAAGAAAGGCCUUUGAAGAGGAAAAGGCUCGCAAGGCAGCUGCUUUAGAGCGUGCCCGAGCUGCAAGGGCUGCUGCUGCAGAACCAGCAGACCCCGAACCAGAUACAAGAACAUCAAAUGAGGAAGGAAUUGACAGAGCAAGGAAGGCCUUUGAAGAGGAAAAGGCUCGCAAGGCAGCUGCUUUAGAGCGUGCCCGAGCUGCAAGGGCUGCUGCUGCAGAACCAGCAGAACCUGAACCAAAUGCAAGAACAUCAAAUGAGGAAGGAAUUGACAGAGCAAGGAAGGCCUUUGAAGAGGAGAAGGCUCGCAAAGCAGCUGCCUUGGAGCGUGCCCGAGCUGCAAGGGCUGCUGCUGCAGAACCAGCAGACCCUGAACCAAAUGCAAGAACAUCAAAUGAGGAAGGAAUUGACAGAGCAAGGAAGGCCUUUGAAGAGGAAAAGGGUCGCAAAGCAGCUGCUUUGGAGCGUGCCCGAGCUGCAAGGGCUGCUGCUGCAGAACCAGCAGAACCUGAACCAGAUGCAAGAGCAGCAAAUGAGGAAGGAAUCGACAGAGCAAGAAAGGCCUUUGAAGAGGAAAAGGCUCGCAAGGCAGCUGCUUUGGAGCGUGCCCGAGCUGCAAGGGCCGCUGCCGCAGAACCAGCACAACCUGAACCAGAUGGAAGAGCAGUCAACGAAGCAGGAACGGAUAGAGCAAGGAAGGCCUUUGAAGAGGAAAAGGCUCGCAAGGCAGCUGCUUUGGAGCGUGCCCGAGCUGCAAGGGCAGAACAAGGGAGUGACAAUGUGUCUGCAGAUUCUGGUGUGGAUCGUGCGCGGAAAGCGUUUGAGGAGGAGAAAGCCAGAAAGCAAGCGGCACUGGAGCGUGCGAGAGCCGCUCGCAUGGAUGGCCAAAGUCAGCCAGAGGAUACCAGAAGUGAGGAAGAGAAAGCAAGAAAGGCAGCUGCCCUUGAACGGGCACGGGCUGCCUCUGGGGUUGACAGGGCCCGGAAAGCUUUUGAGGAGGAGAAGGAGCGCAAAGCAGCUGCUUUGGAGAGGGCCAGAAGAGCGAGCAGCGAUGCCUACCCAGGUGCAGCCAACGGCACAUCCAGAUCCGAAGCUGGUCUGGAUCGAGCUAAGCAAGCCUUUGAGCAGGAGAAAGCCAGAAAAGCUGCAG